CUCGAUGUCCCCGCGUCCCGGUGGUGGCAGUGGUGGCAGCGCGGUGACGCCGGUGGCGGCGGUGGCGUCCCGGUGACGCCCGUCCCCGUCCCCGGACAGAUCCUGAGCACGGUGGAGGCGCAGGCGCCCAGCACCGCGGGGCCCUCGGGCUGCGGCCCCGUUCCCGUGGCCUUGCCGGUGGCGGCGGCGGCGCUGCCCAACGGGGUCCCCGGGGGCCCCCCCGCAGCCGACGACAGCAAAACCAACCUGAUCGUCAACUACCUGCCCCAGAGCAUGAGCCAGGACGAGCUGCGCAGCCUCUUCGGCAGCCUCGGGGACAUCGAGUCCUGCAAGCUCGUCCGCGACAAGGUCACCGGGCAGAGCCUGGGGUACGGUUUUGUCAACUACGUGGAGGCCGGCGACGCCGACAAGGCCAUCAGCACCCUCAACGGCCUCAAGCUGCAGACCAAGACCAUCAAGGUGUCCUACGCGCGGCCCAGCUCGGCGUCGAUCCGCGACGCCAACCUCUACGUGAGCGGCCUCCCCAGGGCCAUGGGGCAGAAGGAGCUGGAGCAGCUCUUCGCGCAGUUCGGCCGCAUCAUCACCUCCCGCAUCCUCGUCGACCAGGUCACCGGUGCGCCCGCACGCACGGGGCCAGCGCUGUAGGAGCUGGGUGGGGACCCUG